AUGUCAAAGGGUGACUUCGAACUAUACAGAUACAAGCCCGAGAUAGGUGCGAGUAUACUUUUCACAGUACUCUUCGCAUUGGCAGCAGUAGUGUUUGUUUUCUUACUAAUUCAUUAUUCCGUCAAGAGCAGAAGAACAGUUGCAUCUUUAGUGAGAUCUCAGCCCACAUUACGGUACUAUGGCAUAGUCAAUUUGGCAGGUGCUUACAUUCCCUUUAUAUUCGGGAGCUUUGUUGAAUUUUUAGGGUUCGCUUUUAGAUGCAAAUCCAGUAGAGACACUACGCUGUUGAAUCCAUACAUUAUUCAAACAGUUUUCUUGCUUGUGUCGCCGACACUGUACGCGGCUAGUAUUUAUAUGAUUUUUGGUAGAAUGGCCAGUUUAUUGUUCGCAGAAAAUCUGAUGAUUAUGCCUGCCAGAUUCAAUACUACGAUUUUUGUCAUCGGUGAUGUGGGGAGCCUUCUGUUACAAGCGGCUGGUGGUGCUAUGAUGUCCAAGAUAUCAAGCGCUUCGUCUGGUUCACAUCUCGUAACCGCUGGUCUGUUCAUUCAAAUUGCGUUUUUUGGUGUCUUCAUUAUAAAUGAAUUCUUAUUCAUAUUCAAGAUGACCAAGAAACCAACCACCAUAUCGGUAAGAAGUAGCAGUUGGAAAAGUCUAAAUAUCGCUUUGUUGGUAGACAGCUUUUUGAUUCUGAUAAGAUCGAUUGUCAGGGCUGUCGAGUUUAUUCAGGGUUAUGAUGGGCAAAUCGCCUCGCAUGAGUGGUUUCUUUAUAUUUUUGACGCAUUGCCCAUGUUUCUACUUGUACUAAGUUUUACUGUAGCUUUCCCGUUUAAUAAUAUUUUCACGAUACAGGAGGAGUCUGUUCAAGCGCAGAAAUCUGCAAGAUUCGACAAGGAUGCCUAUACUAAAGUCGAUAUGGCUUCUGUCGAGGAAGACAUUGUCUUCAAAGAGUGA